AUGUCUCAAGUUCCAAGUAACGCAGGGUCAUGGAACACAUUAAAUGUCAAACUAAGUCAACCCAUCUUAGAUACUUUGAUGUCGUUGGGAUUCACGGAAAUGACCCCUGUACAAUCUGCUACUAUUCCAUUAUUCAUGCAAAAUAAGGAUGUUGUUGUUGAGGCGGUAACAGGUUCUGGUAAAACUCUUGCGUUCGUUGUUCCUAUUUUGGAAAAAUUGAUUUGUCGUAAAGUUCCCUUUCAAAAGAAUGAAAUUGGAGCUUUGAUUAUCACACCCACCAGAGAACUUGCACAACAAAUAUCGUCCGUAUUUUCAAUUUUCCUAAAAAAUACUUCAAUCCCUCUAAAACAUUCAUUAUUCAUCGGAGGUGGCGGAUCAUCAGCAAUAAAAGAAGAUUUAACAAGUUUUCUAGAAGCAGGACCAGAUAUAAUUAUCGGAACACCAGGACGACUGGAAGAUUUACUCGUAGGACGUAAUGGUGUAAAAAGUCCAAUAAAUACAAAAGAGCUGGAGGUUUUGGUGCUGGAUGAAGCGGAUCGGUUACUUGAUAUGGGAUUUAUGCAAUCACUAACAAAGAUAAUCGCGCAUUUACCGCGACAACGACGUACUGGACUAUUUUCAGCUACUAUGACUGAUGCACUCUCUGAGAUAGUGAGGGCGGGACUAAGGAAUCCCGUGAGAAUUGUUGUGAAAGUGGAAGAUCUGAUUUCUAAAGAUGAACAAAGAACGCCAAGCACAUUACAAAUAUCAUAUAUUGUUUGUGAACCACAUCAGAAAUUAUCGCAAUUAUUACGACUUUUAAAAGCUGAAACUCUAGCAAAAAAAUUUAUUAUAUAUUUUUCAACUUGCGCCUGUGUUGAUUAUUUUUACAAGAUUUUUGCCAAAUUGCCACAAUUUAAGCAAUUCUCUGUCUAUUCGCUUCAUGGCCAAAUGGAUCCAAAAAGACGAUCGGCCACCUAUAACUCUUUUGCAAGUUUACCGCCUACAUCUCCGGCCCUCCUUCUUUGCACCGACGUGGCUGCUCGUGGGCUAGACGUGCCCGAUGUGGAUUUCGUGAUACAGAUGGAUGCACCACAAGAUCCCAAAGUGUUUUCACAUCGUUGUGGUAGAACCGCUAGAGCUGGAAAAGAUGGAAAAGCUGUAUUAUUUAUCGGGAAAGGCAGAGAAGAAGUUUAUAUAGGUGUGCAUUAUUUUUAUUGCAGCAUAGCAACUGAAAAUAAUGAAUCUAAUAACGAUAAGUUAAUAACAAUAGACUUUCUAAAAAUUCGCAAGAUUCCUAUUCAACAACAGUCGUAUUUCCUGGCGGAUGGGAAGCCAUAUGUAAUUCAAGACGAAACAGUUAAAGGUGACGAUGAUAAGAAUAUUGAUGAUUCAGAAAUGAUUCCUAAACAAGAUGAUGACAAUGAAAUGUUCUUGAAUCAGAUUCGUGACCUGGUUCUAACGGAUCGUGAUUAUCAUGAAAAGGGAAUAAAGGCAUUUGUAUCGUAUAUUCGAUCAUAUUCGAAACAUGAUGCGAGUUAUAUAUUUAGACUUAAAGAUUUAGAUUUUGGAAAAGUUGCAAAGGGAUAUGGUUUAUUGAGGAUGCCAAAAAUGCCGGAAUUGAAAGAUCGUAAAAUCGAGUUUGAAGAAAUUAAAAUCAACAUGGACGAAUAUAAAUUUUUGGAUAAAGCGCGUGAGAAGAAACGAUUAAAAAAGUUGGCGGAAUCAAGAGAAAAAACGAUAACAACCGGAACAAAUGACGGGAAAAGGAAUCGAAAAAAUAAUAUGCCAUGGUCAGAAAAACAAAUGGCUAAAGAGCGAAAAAUCAAACGGAAAUUAAAAAAAGAACGGAAAAGAGAAUAUUUGAAAAAACAAAAGAUGGAUGAAGUGAAAUCAGGCAAUAAUAAUAGUAGUGGUCAAAUUGACAAUUCUGAAGAUGAUGAACUUGAAAUGGAGGCGGAAUGGGAAGAAUUACAGAGAGAAGAACGAUUAGCAAAAAAAGUUAGACGUGGCCAAAUGAAUGAAGAUGAAUUCGAAAAAGAAGUUGGAAAUAUGUCGGAAAUUAAUUAA